CAAUGAUGUAAAUGAAAGAAAAGUGGAGGGAGUGAAAGGAUAGAAGUAAAAGAAAAAGAAUAAUCAGAUUGCCAAAAUAUUUUAUAUGGUUCGUGCAUUUAGAUGCACGAAAUAAAUAUUAGUGUGCGUUCUGAUGAUAAUAAUAAAGAUAAAAAGAUAUGCAAAAAGUGAAAAUAUUUUAAAAAAUCGUGUUUUGAAGUUUGGUCAUAUAGUACAUAAUAGUGUGAGAGAAAGAGGUGCAAAAGCGCAGAAAGAACGCCGUCAAGAACUGCAGCAUAAACGGUCGAAAACUAAUUUCAAAUAGGUAUGGAUUAUAGAUGAUCUACUGAGUCGGUCGUGCGAUAAAAAAUCAUUCGACUUUCAUGCGUUUCGCUUAUUCUUCGGAAAUCGGUUGAAGGAACUGGUGUAAAUAGAAUUUAAAGCAAAAUGAUUCGAGAGUUUUUUUUUGGAACGUGAAAGUGUUAGCUGAAUGAUUAAUCUCGACUGACAAUUCAGAAGUAUAAGUUGAAACUUAUAUGGAAAUUGAUGAAAAGAAAAUCUAAGAAUGCACCAAAACAGAAAGAAAAAAAAGCGAGUGAAUUACGGUGUAAGAGCAGUCGAGGUAUUACGUGGAAUGAAGGGAUUUGGUUUUACGAUCUCUGGACAACAACCUUGCAUAUUGAGUUGCAUCGUUCCGGGAAGUCCAGCGGAUAUCGCUGGAUUACGAGCCGGCGAUUAUUUAGUAUCUGUUAAUGGCCAUAAUGUUAGCAAAUUGCCCCACGACGAUGUCGUGCAAUUAAUUGGCCGUUCAAAAGGUAUUUUAAAGUUACAAAUAGCUGAGAAUUAUUAUUCCGAUUCGUCUGAUGAAGAAGGAGUGACAGCAGUACGCUGCAAGCCCAAAUACAUUCAUAAACCUCGUGCAAGUAACAUGGGGGCACUGCAAUUGCAAUGUAGAGUUGCUAAAGUUGUACGAGACUUACAAAGCGGUGCUAUGUUUGAUGUAGCAGGGAAAACACCGCCUGAACUACAAAAUCAUGGAACUUACUGCAAUUUACAUUAUCAUUGGGAUAUGUCUAGUCCUCUUCCACCACCACCACCGCCAGCUUCUCAUAAAAGAGAUUCUGAAAAAAUAGUACAUAGAACAGUUGUUGGUUACCUUGGAACUAUAGACAUUCCAAAUCAAUUGCAUCCAUCUUGUAUGAUGCAGGUGUUAAGAAAGUGUAUCAAACGAUUGAAAGCUGAAAAAAGAAAUCCAACUACAGUAUUACUAACCAUACAUGUGGCAAAUAUAAAACUAACUAAUUCAGAGAAUCGUAUUAUAGCAGAAUAUCCGUCCUAUAGAAUAAUAUUUUGUAAUUCUUUUUCUGAGCAAGAUAAACAAUAUUUUGGAAUAUUGACGAAAUCUGUUAAGGAUAAAGAAAAUAUUGUUUCAAAUUCCUGCCAUGUUUUUACAAUUUACUAUAAAUUGAUUGAUCAUAUAGUACAUUCUAGUGUGUGCAAUAUAUUUGGAUUUACAUGCACUAAAACUUCUGAGCUAAAUGUAUGUCAGGAAUUUCCAGACAGUUGCAAUAGUCUGAUUGGUGCUAUACAAACAUUGUACAUAUCAGAUUCAACAGCUACUGAUACAAAUCCAUACAAUGAAAUGCGAAGACAUCAAGAAACUGCUUCACCACAACCAAGCAACAUAAGUACAUCAACAGCUCAUUCGAGUAAUAGUGAUUCUGGAAUUGGUUAUAAAGAUGAUUGUACGAGCCGUUCAGGUAAAAAUAUACAAAAUAUUCCCCGAAGAAGAUGUCCAACUUCAGAAUACAGGGAUGCGUGUGAAUAUUCGUCAAGAUCAUAUGGUAACGAAGCUGUAGAUUUAAGAUUAACGGUACGGGCUGUAUCAAACUCAUGUUGGAAUGAAGCAAAUAAAUUGAAUACGUGCAAAGAUAAUUUAGAAUUGCCUCGUGAAAGUGUGAUUUUUAAUGAUUUUUGCAAUGGAAUGAAUACGUGUACAGAAACGAUCGAAAAUUCUCAGAUGAAUUCUGACAUACAAAAGGGAACGAAGAGGGGGGACUUGCCCACCUGCCCAUUGCCAUCUGCUUCAACAGUUAAGCAGGGGUUGCUUAGUUCGUCCGUUUGCACCACCGCGAUGUUACACGGUUUAAAAGAUCCUGUUGAAACAUCCGAUAAUUCCGCAAUUAAAUCCCAACGAUUGUUGGGAUUUACGAAAUUAGCGGAAUCGAAAGAAAUUGACAUACCAGACAAAUUUAGUCCAAAAGUUUUCUCUGGUAUUUCCAAAUCUUUAGUACAUAGUUUUGAAGAUCUUAAUACAAGCAUGGAUUAUGUUCGACCGCUCUGUCAAACUUAUUCAGAUAAAUCGGAUAAUUCACGUCCCUGGGGAAGCUUGCAAGAAAUUCGGAACGUUGGAACCUGUGUGCAGAAUAUCUGUCUGGUAAGAGAUUCAUAUUUAUUUCUCCCACGUUCAAAAUUAGUUUAAUUAAGUGGACCUUAAAGUGAAUUACUAAUUCAUAAUUUGAGAUUAUUGCGAUGAAACGAAAAAAAGAAUAUAAAAAGAAAGAAGAAUAUUUGCAUUAAAUGAAAAAAUAAUAGAGAAAAAGGUAUGGAAAAAAGAGGGGAUGUAGAGAGUAAGCGAGUGAAUCGAUGAAUGAGUGAACAAGGUAAUAUAUGAAUAUGAAAGAUUACGUGCGAGUAAGUGAGUAAGCAAAAGAAGGAGAGAAGAAGAAAGAAGGUAUGUGAUGGGAAUUAGAGUAUCAUAUUUCGGUUCAACAAUUUUAUAAUUUUCUUAAUUAAUAAAAAUAACUUCACGUAAGAAUUCAAAUAAAUAGAUAAAUCAACGAUGUAUUUAGUGCAAAUAAAACGAACAAACAACUACCGACAGACAAACCGACCGACCGACUGAGCACUUUGGAAAGGAGAGGGAGAGAGAGAAGGAAAUGAAGUACGAGCGAGUAUACUCGUAGCGGUAGUGCACAUGAGAGUGACAUGUUAGACACGAAAUAAACGUGAUGCUGUCGUAGUGGUUAUAAUGUUAGUGUUAAACUAAUUAUUUGGGGAAAUUAAUUGAAUAAUCGCGUGUGUAAAUUCGUCGGUUCGAUUGUAAGAAAUCGAUCGAUCGGUCGAUUGCGUCAGUUGUGUCGGUAUACGUCGUGUUUGGCUGACCAUUGAAUUGAACAGACACCGUGCACGGAAUCUUAAUUGUCAACGGUGCAUCGUUGCAGCUGGGCGGAGCCCUUAUUAUUACGAACAUAACGCGAUUUUGUUUUAAUAAGCUAAUUUCGAAGAAUAAUUAAUUCGUUUGUUGUAUUAUGUUUGUAUAGUUAUUUUUGUUUUUCCUUCGAUAAAUGGGAUCGUUACGCGUAUACAUGAAGGAAUACGAUCUUCGAUCACGACAUGGAUACCGUGGUGAAAUCGCACGGUAGUACACAAUUAUGUGAUAAAAAUACUGAUUGCAAAAAUAUACAUGCAUGGGCCAAUGGUUUUGAAAAAUUAUUGGAAGAUCCAAAAGGUUUACAAACAUUUGCGGAAUUUCUGAAAAAGGAAUUUAGUCAUGAAAAUAUUUAUUUUUGGGCUGCUUGUGAGAGAUACAAAGAUACUAAAGAUGUUAUUACAAGACGAAAAUUGGCAAAUCAAAUUUACCAGCGUCACUUGUCCUCUACAGCAGCUGAACCUGUAAAUGUUGAUAGCCAUGCAACAGGUCAAAUAACACAAGAACUUCUCAGCGAAGCACCUGCUGAUCUUUUUUUACAGGCUCAAAAACAGGUUUUUAAUCUAAUGAAAUUCGAUAGUUAUCCAAGAUUUUUAAGAUCUGAUUUAUAUCGUCAUUGUGUAGAAACUGGAAAUUCCAUAAUUGGAGCAGAAGAUUGUGAUUUAAAUCUUACUAGUUCUCCUAGUGUAAAGUUAAAGAAGAGUCACUCGGAUGCAGAAGAUCGAUGUAGAAAAUCUAUUCUUCCAUGGAAUAGAAAAAACAGGUCUAAAUCAAAAGAUCGUGGUGAAUCUGAAUACAAUAAAGGUCCUAAUAGAAAUGAGACUAUAUACAAGAGUUUUACAACUAUGAAAAGAGAAACAGAAGGUAAUAACAACGAUGACAGUAUUUCUAUAUCUAGCAGCAGAUCUUCAUUAGCAUCAUGGGAUUUGGCAUUAAGGCAAUCAUUUCACAAACAUUCUUUCUCGUCCUAUGAAGGACAGUCGAAUGAAACAAAAGAAAUUCGUGCUAAAUGUACUGGAUUAUGUCGGGUAAUAUUACCCGAUGGAUCGACUACAGUUGUGCCAACUAGCCAAAUGGAGAGUAUUAAAGAUGUGGUUACACGCCUCCUUGAUAAAAGAGCUCUUCGAUAUUCUAACUAUGAUGUUCUAAUCCUAGCUACAGACGAGACUAUAGAUACGAAAUAUCCAUCAUCUGUACUGGCUGGUCAAGAGGUGGAAGUUGUACCAACGAAAAUUUUGAAAGUAGAUUUACCUUCCCGGCGAACAAUAACUGUGAUUGCACAUAAAGGCAGAACUCUCAAAGAUGUAUUGAGGCCACUUCUAAAUAAGUAUGGUUUCAAUUUAGAAAUGAUUACUGUAUGGAGUGAAAACCAUCGCAUUAGUAUGGAUAUACAAGCUAUUGAUGCUCCUGCAAGACUAGUUUUGACCAACAUAAAAGAUCAAGAUCCACAAAAGGAGUUAAAUACAGUUAAGUACGCACAUGAUGGAUCAAAUUCUCAAUCCACUCUAGAUGAGAUCACAAAUAGAGUAUUUGAAGAACUUUUAGUGGGCAAAGGUUCAAGUAAAUAUUAUAAUGAUGGCUCAUGUAAGGGAGGAAAACCUAAAUGUAACAUAAAUGAGAAAACUAAUACGAACGAUUAUGUUUCCGAAGAAACUACAAAAUCUCAUCCUCCUUUAAUAGCAAAAUGGCGGAAUGGAGUGAAACUGCAAUUACCAGGAAAAUUCGAUGGCGAAGAACAAGGAAAAUGGUAAGCCGACGGAUCGCAACAAAGUUCGGAGACCUAGGAUAAUAUCUGCCAAUUGCGAAGCAAAUGCCAAGUUUUAUAGUUCGAUUCAUGAACGACAAAACUGUAGUGGACAUGAUCAAAAUACGACGAUAACUACAACAUCAAUAACAACGACAACAACAACAUCAAAUACAACUAAGACGUUGGCUUUAGCAAAGAAUGGAAAUCUUGAUGAACGAUUCCACGUAUUUGCUGGAAAGGAGUUGCAGAAUACAACUUUGAUGGACGGAGAUCGGACCGUUUUAGAGAAUGGAUCUUGCUCCCGAACUACUGCUUUGGAUUCUUUUGAUACUCAAGUCAACUCGCUAGGUGUAAUAAAAUCACCGAGACCUCCGCCCCUUCCGCCAAAGCCAAAAAAUCUUAUAACGUGUGCAGCAAAAACUGGAUAUAUCGUGUCUUCGAAAUCUUUACCAAAGUCUAAUUGUGCCGUUUCUUUAAGUCCGACCGAAUUUACUCGGAAAAAUAUUUUAUAA